AUGAUACGAAAGCAGAUGUGUAGACGGCUGUGUCGGCGUGGAGUGGUAGCCGUUAAGUCGGCCUGCCUCUUGUCCCUCCUCUCUGGUCAGUGGUGUUCACCAUUAAAGUCGGCGUCGCUGCUGCGUCGUGCAGUUAACUCCGUCGACUGCACAGUCAUCGUGGCAACUCGCCAAUUGAGUGGUUCCUCCGCUUCGGUAGGGUCUUCUGCGUAUCUCUGUAGUUGCCGUUGGUCAGCAACUGAUGCUGCCGCAGCACCAGCGUGGCAGCGUCUCGUACGUCUUAUCACGUAUGACUCGCACUCCCGCAUUGAGGCCGACAGUGACAUGGCUGCUGCUUCCUCUGCGGACACAACACACGCUUCAGAAGACGCGUUCGAUGCGGAUUUGUGUCACAGGGCUUCGCCGUUACGUCGUCUGUGGAUCGAGACGUACCACCCUGUCUUUCAGCAAGGAACACGUGCUACCCUUCCUUCUAGCUCGCCACACCCUUCACCGCACAGGAGUCAAUGCGGCACACAGUCACCUCACCCGCCUUCAUGUACCGUCGAGAGGUCGUCUGACGACCGUUUUCCCGGUGAAGCGGCGGAGCUGCCCGCCUUUGUGCAGGCGCUCGGAACGCUGACGACAACGCUCAACGCGUGCAUUCGUCAAAGCAUUGCGACGGAUCGCCUCGAAGCGUCUCCUUUCUGCGUCUCAGACGCGGAAGCGCUCAGCGUGGUCGAACUGUUCGAAUGGCGGUCAGAAGUGCAGGCGUUGUUGUUGUACGUCGGUCGGCAUCAACUCCGAUUUCUCAUCCCAACUGCGUUUCGCAAAACAAGUUCCUUCCAACGAGAACCGCCGUGCGUAAUGAUGAAGGUAGCGAAUGAAGCCACGGCGACCCACGAUGUGGCUGAACGUGCGCAGGAGAGCGUGCCGACUGAGCAGACACAUCUAAUGAGCAAUACUGUUGACGCUGAUCAGAAGGUGUCACAUGCACCGCCUGUUCAAGUUGAUUACCACACGCAGUUGCAGCCUCUUCCGUCUCCGCUGCCAUCUCUACGUCGUCUCUCCCGCUCGAAAGACGAGCGCUUGCGUCACAAGGCACCACCGCUGCCCCCAGAGGAACUCCUGCGUGUUGUCGUACUUGUCGAAGCGGUACGGACGAUUUUAGAAGCUGCCCACCCGCCUGCGCAGGCGUCCGGCGUGCGUGCGGAGUUGUACGCGGUUCUGCUGAGUGUGCUGGGUGCGAGCGAGCAGCUCUCGUCGUUGGCGCUGGUGUCGCUGACGACCUGCCUGGCGCGGUGCCUGGAUAGCUACAUCACUUGUCAGCAACUCCCUCCCCUCACGUUGGAUAUUGACUCCCUCAAGAAGAGCGUUGUGCAGCGCGAAGGUGCGGACACUUUAGAUGCGACGCCCCCAGAAGACAACCUUUUCAGCUUUUACCGGCCUGUUGAAUGGGAGGACAACAGUAGCAGAAGUGUGCUGGACUCCACGCCGACCGUGCGAGCUUCUGUGAUCGAGGACGCCGAGGCGGUCCACCUAGCACGGUACCGCGGAGGGCUUAAUACGAUGCUGCGGCCUACCGAAGUACUUCAGCACCUCUCGGUGUUGGCGCAUGUAGCGCAGCACCGUCUCGAACGUGCCUUGCGUGCCCCGGCCGCCAUGAACUUUCUCCAGGACUUUCAUGAGACCUCUUGUUCUUCUCCUUGGGACGAAAGCGCCACACGAGCAUCUUUCCGCAACGGAACGCACGCGUCGACGGUGCGUUUGGCCAAGCAGGAGCAAAUCGAGGAAGGAAUGUUGGGUCUUCUCUCACUGCAAGAGCGCAAGGCCCGUCAGGCAACCGAGGCUGAUGCAGCAGCAUCAACGGCAGCGGUGGCGACGGCUGGACAAAAACCAAAGAACAGAGACGAUAAGCAACGGCCACCGGCCCGUCCACGGCGAACGAUCGCGGCGAUCCAGGAAGAGGCACGAAGGAAAGCAGCAGUGAAACUGCAACUCGCAGAAGGUGCUGACGAGGGAGCACUGGCAGGGAGCACGGCGCCGCCAGCUGUGACGUCUUCCUCUGUUGAGUCGCCUCCUGCUCCUGCUUCACAGGUGGCUCCGAACUUUGCAAUGCAUUCUUCACUGCCAUCACCACCAUCGUUCUUCUCCGUCAACACCACCGACAUCACUCUCACCGAUGUGGCAGAGAUUUGCACUGCCUUCGCUGCGAUGGGCUACCGAGGCGGAGGCAGCGCGUCUUCGUCCGAGGAGCCGUUUUGGGUGCUGGUGGCCGAUUUCACCCGUGCUGAGAUCAACGCCGUGGCCAAGGCACGGGACUCUGCCGUGCGCAGAGACACGGUAGAGCAGAAAAACAACGAGGACGGACCCGCAGGCGGUGACAUCGUUUCCACGUCAUCUGUCCAUCACCGCGAAGAAGCAGAGGCGGAGGAUGAAGAGAGCCGAGAGACGGUGCUGCGGCAGCUCACGCGGGAUGCGCGGGACAUCGUCUUCGCGCUGGAUCGAGUGGGUUUUACGCGGGGCUACGAUCAGGUGAUGACGCAGUUGGUGCGCCAUGCGUUCGUGUCCGCGCCGAUCCCUGCGCCGUCGGCUGGUGCGCGGGCUAUGAGAAAAGUCGAUGGCAAAAGAGUGGAAGGUCUGUAA